CGGAUUGUCGUGUAGAGCUAGAGAAGCGCACAGUUGAAGGGAGGUAGGCCGAAAGUGGACGUACGUAGUUGUCCCGUUGGUCAUUGUAUUUCUUCUUUCUCUCUCUUGCCUAUAUAGAGAGCGUAAGUCGUGCACGAUAAGUAGAGCACAUUUCUUUUUUGCCAUUGAGAAAGAAGAUAAGUCUGCUUCAACACUUCUGAGAGAACAGCGAGGAACAGACGAAACUACAGAAUGACGGAGACCGAGAAUAUUUUCCUCUUCGUUCCCAAUAUCAUUGGAUAUGGCAGAAUAAUCCUGGCAUUAAUAUCGUUUUAUUUUAUGCCAACGAACUAUGUUAUCUCGUCAUGGUGCUAUAUCAUCAGUGGACUGCUUGAUGCUUUGGAUGGUCAUGCUGCCAGAUAUUUUAAUCAAAGUACCAGAUUUGGUGCUAUUUUGGACCAGUUGACAGAUCGUGUUGGCACUAUGUGUCUUCUGGUGACAUUGAGUCAGUUUUAUCCAAGAUACACUUUCUGGUUUCAAUUGAGCAUGGCCAUUGACAUUGCCUGCCAUUGGAUCUACUUGCAUACGACUCUGCUACAAGGGAAAACAAGUCACAAAUUCCUGGAUAUGUCUGAAAAUCCAAUAAUGCGAUUAUACUACACUAAUCGUCAAGUUCUCUUUGUUAUGUGUGCUGGUAACGAGGCAUUUUAUGCUGCUCUGUAUCUUCUGCAUUUUACCGAAGGACCCAUUUUGGUUGGUAUAAGUUUGAUCAGAGCGGUGGCAUACAUCUCAGCACCCAUUGCUUUUGUGAAAACUCUGAUUUCUGUGCUCCAUGGAUAUGUAUCGUGCAUCAACUUAAGCAUUAUUGACAUCAAGGAACGCGAAGCUCAGCGUAAAAGAAAUUAAGCUUUAUUAUUUAAAUUGAAUGUUCUAGUCGAUAAUGUUAUAGCUCGAUGUACCAAGUACAGAAUCACUAAGAGAUCUUACCUUUGCCAUCAGUGUAACAGACCAAUCAAAGGUAUCAUUUGGUUUUAACCAAAUAUACAACUCUUGUACGUUCCAAGUUUUCCAUUGUGUUGAUAAAUUUUUGAUAGAAGUUACAACAAAAUAUUUAUGUUUACCAAAUAUUGUCUAGUUGGCAGUUCCUAAUAGACAAUUACAUUUAUAUACAGCCACCAAGGAACUUGGUGUACUUACAUUGCAUUUUAUUAGGUUAUUUAUAAGUUUCAAUAAACAUUGUACUCUCCGUGGA